AUGGGCUGGCACAGUGGCAGCGGAACGGGGGGUUUGGGGACACGUGGCGAAGGGGGUUCUUCGGUCGCAUUUAGGAAUAAGAAUGUGAAACAGAGGAUAUGGCGGCCUAACUAUUCUCAAGCCUUCGUGGGGAGCGUACGCGAAGGACAAGGCUUUGCAUUUCGGAGGAAACUGAAGAUUCAGCAAAAUUACAAGAAAUUGCUGUGGAGGAAAAAGAAGGUUCAAAUAUCUCAGGAAUCCCAAUUCAAAGAUAGAUACCCAGAUCAUCUGAAACAUCUAUACUUAGCUGAAGAGGAAAGACUCAGGAAGCAACAAAGAAAAGUUGACCAGCGUUUGUCAGAAGAGCAAGUUGACCAAACUUUGCCUGACGAACAGCGUAGCAUUGACCAGUCUUUGUCUGAAGAUCGGUAUAGCUUUGACCAGCCUCAGCCAGAAAAACAAUGUAGCAAGACAGUAAAGUCCUUUAACGUUCCAAAGCAAAAUAAAAAGAAAACAUCAAAUCAAAAAGCACAAGAAGAAUAUGAAAAGGUACAAGCUAAGCGUGCUGCUAAGAAACAAGAAUUUGAGAGGAGAAAACGAGAGAGAAGAAGCUCAAAGGCGCUACAAAAAGAAGAAAAUGGAAGUGUUCAAAAUAUUGAGUAAAAAGACUAAAAAGGGCCAACCAAACUUGAAUUUACAGAUGGAAUAUCUUCUUCAAAAAAUACAAGAAAAAAAUUGAAUCAUAUUUUUUUCCUCAGAGGUUAACAUACCUGCUGCCCUUUGAGUUCUUUUAUAUGUGUAAUAGGUACAUCCUAACAAUGAACUUGAUUUGUCAACAUAAACUAUAUUGCUGAACUCUACUAAAUAUAAAAUGUCUAAAUAUUUUUGUUCUUAUAAAAGAAACCUUUCUAUAUAUACUCUACAUAAUAUGAUGUGUUUCUUAUUUGUUUGCCUCU